AUGGGAGCCACCACAUUGACCCAUAUGACCACCAUUAGCCCUAAUAACACCAACAUUCAUGGCCCAGUCGUAGACGAAGUGGAAGGUCUUAUUAGAGUUUACAAAGACGGCCACGUGGAACGAUCUGAACUCGUGCCGUAUGUGGGUCCCUCACUAGCCCUCGAGCUCGGUGUGGCUUGCUCUGAUGUUCACAUUGACAAGUUGACCAACGUUUGGGCACGUCUCUAUGUCCCGGUGGUUACGAAGUCGUCGUCGGUCUCUAAAUCUAAGCUCCCUUUGCUUGUCUACUUCCACGGUGGAGGUUUCUGCGUCGGCUCUGCUUCUUGGUCGUGUUACCACGAGUUCUUGGCCAAAUUGUCCGCUCGUUCACGGUGCUUGGUCAUGUCUGUAAAUUACCGUUUAGCCCCUGAGAACCUUCUUCCGGCAGCUUACGAAGAUGGAGUCAAUGCAAUUCUCUGGCUCAAGAAAACAAGAAACGAUAACUUGUGGGCCAAGCUAUGUGACUUUAGCAAGAUAUUCUUGGCCGGAGACAGCGCCGGUGGCAACAUCGCCAACCACGUAGCUGCAAGAUUAGCAGCCGACGACUCUCUCCUAAAGCCGUUGAAGAUUGAAGGAACUAUCCUGAUCCAGCCUUUCUUCGGCGGCGAGGCGCGUACGGAAAGCGAGAGGCGCGUGGAGAACAACAUGAAGAACUCGGUGCUGACACUAGCGGCUUCGGACGCGUGGUGGAGGAUGGCUUUACCACGUGGCGCAAACAGAGAUCAUCCGUAUUGUAAACCGGUGAAGGUGGUGACGAGGACGCUGGUGUGCGUGGCGGAGAUGGAUGUGCUGAUGGAUAGAGAGAUUAAGAUGUGCGAUGCUAAUGAGGAAGUGAUCAAGCGCGUGGUGUACAAAGGCGUUGGACACGCGUUUCAGGUUCUUGGCAAGUCUCAGCUUGCUCAAACGACAACUCUAGAUAUGUUGUGCCACAUCGACGCUUUUAUCCACCACUACGAUCCCUUUAAUUAG